UCAGCAGAGAUGAGUCCUGCCGGCAUGUCUCCACACAGUCAAGUGCAAGAGGAAAAAUGGAUCUCAAAUGGAACAAGAACUUCUACAGGAGAAGUGAACUGAAUACAGAUAUGGUCACAUGAAAAGCAUAUAUAUUUACUGAACUGAAUGGAGUCCAGUGUGCCCAACAGGCAGCAGGCAAACAAGUUCAUCUCUCCUCGAGACCAGAUUGCAGAGCAGAGGAGCGAGUAAUACUUCAGCAACAAAGGUUUUCAUAAAACAAAACUACGGGCAGAUUUGGUUGUCAAUGUAUACUGGGACUGUGGAUGUGAUAAAACAUACUGUUGCUGAAGACACAAUUUUUAAGACGUACACAAUGCCUUCUGAUGAGAAGUGGUCCCCAGUUGAAGAUGACAGUCAAGCUUCGAAACUGGUUAGAAAAGCCCGGGAUGCCCCCUUUGUUCCCAUUGGACUAGCAGGCUGCCUUGCUGUGGUGGGCUAUGGUCUUUAUAAGUUAAAACACAGAGGAAGCCAAAAAAUGUCUGUCCACCUCAUCCACAUGAGAGUUGCGGCACAAGGUUUUGUCGUAGGAGCAAUCACAAUAGGCGUUCUAUACUCUAUGUACACUGAUUACGUCAACCAGACCAGUGGCAGGCCGAAGAAAUGAUCGGUGUCAUCGAAGCAAAGAGGGAGAACAAACAAUUCCGAUCAGCAUUAUUUCCAAAUACCUAUAAGAGUGGUUCGUGUUCCAAGCAUACUACUAUAAUUUUUGGGCAACCUUGUUUAAUAAAAAAGGGAUGGUAUAUGUUCAGAACAAGUGUUAAGACUUAUAUUUGCGCGGGCUAUCCAGACAUAACCAAACCAUGAAGCUCUUCGACAGUUCUAAUCCAAACCAUCGUGUUCAGAGAUAUGUCAGUCUUUUAAGAAGUCUGUUAUCAAGAUAUUAAGCCUGAUAUGAACCUAUGAAGAGUCAGACCAUCAAUAUAUCUAGUCUAGUAAUCUAUUCUGACGGGCAACAACUCUUCAGGGUAUGCUGCCUGAAUUACUAUCUUUUAAAAUGAAACUGAAGAAGUCAAGGAUUGAACAUAGGGCCCGCUGCCUGUAAUCCGCCUGGCUCUACCACUGAAUUAUCGCCCUUUCUUAAAAUCCCCCUCAGUUUUCAAAAACAACAGAAUGAGCCCCACCACACAUUUUUGGGGUAGUCCCCUUUGGGUAAAGUCCCCCUGUGUAAGCACUGAGUCAUUACUGACCCAUGGGGGGGGGGGGACGUCGCAUCGCAAUGUUUUCUUGGCAGACUUCUUGUUACAGGUGGUUUGCCAUUGCCUUCCCCAGUCAUCUACACUUUACCCUCAGGAAACUGGGCACUCAUUUUAUCGACCUCGGAAGGAUGGAAGGCUGAGUCAACCUUGAGUCGGCUAU